CAGUAUAGUAGGCUACACAAAGAAACAAAGGGUCAGGACACACACAUCUAUAUUGGCAUUGAAGAUAUCGCAGCACUUGAUAAGAAGUUAACCCAAAAAAGCAACCAUGUCAAUGGGAAUGGAGAUUGGGGGCAUUGCCCUGGGCCUCAUUGGUUGGAUCAUUGGCAUCAUCACUUGCGCUCUCCCUAUGUGGCGUGUCUCAGCCUUUGUUGGCGCGAACAUCGUCACUGCCCAAAUAAUUUGGGAGGGUUUAUGGAUGAACUGUGUUGUCCAGAGCACUGGACAGAUGCAAUGUAAGGUCUAUGAUUCCAUGCUAGCUUUGGCUCAGGAUCUACAGGCUUCCAGAGCCAUGAGUAUCAUCUCCAUCAUCUUGGCAGUCCUUGGUGUAAUGGUCUCCGUCAUGGGUGCCAAGUGCACCAAUUGUAUCGAGGAUGAAGCAUCCAAGGCUAAAGUGAUGAUUGUUUCUGGCAUUCUCUUCAUUCUUGCUGGCAUCCUACAGCUUGUUCCAGUGGCCUGGGUGGCAAACCAAACCAUUCGAGACUUCUACAACCCACUUCUGAACAACGCUCAGCAAAGAGAGCUUGGGGCAUCCAUCUACAUAGGAUUUGCAGCCGCUGCUCUGCUAAUAAUUGGAGGAGCGAUGUUGUGCUGCACCUGUCCCCCAAAGGAGAAGAAGUACAAGCCUCAAAGAAUGGGCUACUCGGCUCCACAUUCCAUCAAUGGUGGAUAUGAUAGGAAGGACUAUGUUUAAAAUAUUGUUUUGUUGAAGAAAGAAGAAGGAUUUGAAGAUCUCAUACACACAGGGUGGAGAUACUUCUGAGAGGACUCCGAAAUGAAGGGUCAUUCGAUGCUGUCAAUAUUAGCUUUUCCUUUGUUUAAGGCUGGUUUGUUUUCAGGGCUGGUUUCAUAGGUUUACCUGUCAGGGAUUUUGUGAGAGAAUUUGAUAUGUUUCCUAUGUGUUAAAACAUUUCAAGUUUUAUAUAAUUUCAGAUGUUUAAAUUAACCUGUUUUCUUUUUUCAACUGCAAUGUUCAACUCUUGUUCUAUAAUGUUAUUUGCAUUAUGUGAUAAAGGUCAUCAAAAAAGGUCAUCUUGUGUUCUUAUAUGUCAGACCAGAAAAUAGAUUCAUUGUUCUGUGUAAGUUAAAAUACAGUAAAAAUGUUUUUUAGCAAGCUGUCCCUGCUUCCGUCUGAUGCCUUGUUGAAUACUAACAUAGACAGGAACAGGCAGACUUUAGCUCUUUACGUGUAUUUGCUUUUGAAAAUUUCAUUUGACACUGAAAUUGAAUGUAUGGUUCUUUUUUUUGGUCUCAAUUGAGUUGAUUCAUCAGGUUGAACUUGUUUCUGUAUAGUUUCCUUAAAUCUUUUUGUACAAUGUUUUCGUAAUUCGUAGAGAGUUGUGUUUAUGAUUGUCCACAUAUGUAUAUGUUUUUUUUUUCACAAUCAUUGGAGUACUAUGUGUCCAUUGUGUUGCCUUUAUAUUAUUAAAUUUCAAUAAAUGCAAAAGAGCUGAUAACAAAAUUAAGUUGUCGUUAAU